AUGGCUAAAUCUAAACAAAGCAGAAAAGGCAAGAAGGCUUGGGUCAAGAAUGUCGACGUUGAUGACGUUGACCAGGCUUUGGAUGCCAAGAGAGAAAGAGAAAUUCUCUUGGGCGCCGACGAGGACUUCGUGAUUGAUACCCAAGGAGACUCAAGAAACAAGAAACAGAAAGUUCUUCGCACCACAGAAAUCCUUCGAAACAAGUCCAAGGUGCCUGCGCUAGGUGAGAGAAUCCAAAAGAAACCUUUGCUGAAAAAGAGAACCAAUGAAUUGAUGACGUUGGCUGGAAGACAGUUAUCAGGAAACAAGUUUAAGGCCACUGUUAACAGAGAAGGUAUUUUACGUGCAUCAUCUGAAGACUUGUGGACAGAGGACAUUUCGGCCGAGCCGCAAGUUCCCGUAGUUUCGCAAUCGCAGCCCAGCAUCUCAAAUACACCUGCCACUAGAGCACCCAAAACACUUCUGCAGAAACCGUUGGCGCUUACAAACCCUACAGCUAGAGACCUUAAAGAGUUCGAGGAUGGUGGAAAAUCGUAUAAUCCUGCUUUGGAAGACUGGAAGAGCCUCAUUGAGCACGAGUUCGGCAACGAAUCUACAGAAGAACUUAAGCGCCAGAAGAUGGAGGAGCACAAGGAGCGGAUCAGAUACUUGAUUGAGACACUUGAAGACAACGAGGUUCAGGAUUUGGAUGAAUCUGUGGAAGACACAGAGCCUGUCGUCGAGAAUGAAGAGGACAAGUACAGAUUGUCUAUAAAUCCACGUACAGAGAUCAAAACCAAAACGAAAACACAGAGAAACAAAGAGGAGCGCCACAAAAAAAGGACCGAAUUGCAAGGCAAAAUUCGUGACUUGAAGGCCAAGCUUUCUGAGAUAGAAAAUCUCCAACAGAUUCAGGAAGAGGUGGAACAGAAACUCAAUGAAGACAAGCCACAGCGCGUGAAGACGUACACUCGCCACGGUAAGCACGACGUAACAUUCGCGCCCAUUGAAGUUAAGCUUUCGGACGAAUUGACUGGAAACUUGCGUUCAUUGAAACCCGAAGGAAACUUGUUGUACGAUACGAUGCACAAGUUGGAGAUGGGAGGUAAGGUUGAGCUGCGCGUUCCACACAUCAGAAAGAAGAGAUUCAGACCGCGGAUUGUGGAGAAGCGUUCCUACAGAGAUUUGUGA